AUGUCGAUAAUUCGUACACCUGGUGAAUUAUUAGGGUCUGCAGCAGACUAUGAGGCAGGAGAAGGAAUAACAGCCCUAAAUAGGAUGUUAGCUGAAGUUGCUGUCUUGGCUGUUGAUGGUCAUGUCCUCCCUGAGCCAUUCAAGGGAGCCAUCAGGGCACAAGACGUAAGGGAGACAGUUACUGAGGACUUUGAUAUGGCGGAGUGUUUUCAGCCAUCAGACGUUGUGCGUGCAGAAGUGCUAUCUGUAGACGGUCGUGUAUAUCUAUUAGGAACAGCAGCAGAAGAAUUUGGUGUUUUAUGCGCGGAUA